CACACACUCUCACACACACAGGCAGAGCCUCCCACACACACACACACACACACAGUGCUGAGCGCUAACACACGGCUUUAAACAGCUUCACACGAGACAAAGGGAGAGUUUGUGUCGACAUGGAGGAAAACAUGGACGAGUCUCAGAGCCAGAAAGGUUGUAAGGAGUGCUGUGAGCGAUGUGUGGGCAGUUUACCCUGGGCGUCGCUCAUCGCCACCGUCCUCCUCUACAUGGGCGUGGCCUUGUUCUGCGGGUGUGGCCAUGAGGCUUUAAGUGGCACCGUCAGCAUCCUCUACAACUAUUUUGACGUCAUCAAAGCUCCUGAAGGAUCACUGGAUGUGUUCACCAUCAUUGACAUCCUGCAGUACCUCAUCUAUGGUCUGGCUGCUGGCUUCUUCGUGUUUGGAGUGUUGCUGUUGGUUGAAGGUUUCUUCACCACUGGAGCCAUCAGAGAUCUGUACGGAGAGUUUAAGAUCACCGCCUGUGGACGCUGCCUCACUGCAUUUCUCAUGUUCCUGGCCUACCUGUUCUUCCUGGUGUGGUUGGGAGUGACGGCGUUCACCAGUCUGCCCGUCUUCAUGUACUUCAACGUCUGGUCCAUGUGUCAGAACAGCAGCCUGGUGGAAGGAGGGAAGUUCUGCCUGGACCUGCGUCAGUUUGGAGCAGUUACCAUCUCUGAGGAGAAGAAAGUGUGUGCAGGAUCUGAGAAGUUCUUGAAGAUGUGUGACUCCAACGAGCUGGACAUGACCUUCCAUCUGUUUGUUUGUGCUCUGGCAGGAGCAGGAGCUGCUGUCAUCGCCAUGGUCCACUUCCUGAUGGCUCUGGCUGCCAACUGGGGCUACCUGAAGGACGCCAGCCGGAUGCAGAAGUAUGAGGACAUCAAGUCCAAGGAGGAGCAGGAGCUGCAUGACAUCCACUCGACACGCUCCAAAGAACGACUCAACGCAUACACAUAAACACACACACACACAAACACGUCCUCAACGUGUCUGCUGUAGAUCAGUGUCAACACUUUAACGUAAAAAAAGCUAAAAAAAAAAGAGUUUUCAAAUAAAAAUAUUAUCGUAGCAUAUUUUCAGAAUUCAUCAGGACCAGAAUCUACGACGGUCCUUGAAUGCAACAGUUAGAGCGGCUGCAGAAUCACAGUCUUUGUCAAAUCUACGUCCGAUUUACGUCAAAUCUAUUUUUUUGCAUCUUGUAAAGCUAAAUGUUUGCGUACUGGACCUUUAAAAAAAAAAAACAACAACAAUCUAAAACUAAAAGACAAGAAACAUUGUUUUUGAAAAAAAAACACAAGACGAGAAACAAAAUAAUUUUUUUGAAAGACAAAAAUGUGACGUCGCAAAAAAGAUAAAUGACGACAAACAUUAUCACGAUAUUUCCCAUAAAAUGUCAGGAUGAUCUACAGCAGACACACACACACACACACACACUUAGAUGUGGCUGAAUGGUCGUGUACUGUAGGUGGCGCUGUCGUGCGGUGCUGUGUCAUGAUGCCGUGUUGUGUCGUUUUUCGCCACUUUAUGACAAGUCAUGGUUUCAGCAGAGGAAACGUUGUACCUGUUGGUACAAACAUGGGUAGCUUUGCUCAUUUUUUUGCCCCUUCCUAUUUUCCCUCUGGCCCCUCCCCCUCAUCUUCUUCUUCAGUUUCACCUGUUGUUCUUCACAAUUUUUUUUUUAAAUAUGAAAAUGUGAACAUUUACGAAUGACGUCAUAACAGAUUUGUCGCCAUUUUAAAAGUGAAAAAACGGGGUUUAUUUGUGUCGCCCAUCACCCCUCUUUAUAUAAACGUGAACCAGCACAUCGCAACAGCACAAUGUCUUUUUAAUGCGUCGUCUUUUUCUCAUACGACUUUUUAUUUUUUUCACGAUUUCUCUUGAUUUUUCACAUGUUUUUUAUAUCAGUGUUGUCAACGUGUGAUUUUAACAUCGGGGAAAUAUUUUAAACAGAGACCAGGUGUUGUUGGGGGGAGGGGUUUGUGGGUGGGGGCAGGGUUUCUAUCUCUUUUACAUCGUCAUGUAAUAAUUCAGCAUUUCUGCACACACACACACACACAUGUUUCAGCCCGAUAAUGUGACCAAACGUUACAGGCGCUAAAAUGUAUCUUUACUGACGUGACCCACACUGCGGGGGGUUCACCGUUAGAAUGCAGCUGUGAAGAGUUUGAUUCCUUUGGAGUUUGUGUUUUUUUAGACAGCCAGUGAUGCUACAGCUAAUAAGCUAACAGUGUUUCUCACGUUAUCGCGUUACUUCACGUUUGAAACAGAUGUUGAAUUAACAAACUUCUAAUUUCUGACAAAAAAGGCGCGAAAAGACAAAAGUAGUACAAGAAAACGAAAAAGAUAACGUAAUUAAGACGCUAACGUGACGAAAAAGUCAGCUACCGCCCAUAGACACGCUCAGAGGAACACAUGAUAUAAACGAAACAAAAUGAAUGCCUUGUUAUGCUUUCAGUUGCAGAAAGAAGUCGGAAUUCUGAGAUUAAAGUGGGAAUUCUGAGCGAAAAAAGUCAGAAUUCUGAGAUUGCGGUCAGAAUUCUGAGAUUUAAUUCAUAGAUUUAAAUCAAAAUUCUGAGAUUAAAGUGGGAAAUCUGAGAAAACAACAUUAUAAUUAUAAAUAAAUUAUCAUUAUUAUUAUUUUCGAAUGCAGAAAAUUUUCUUUUUAUCUUAAAACGUGAAUUUGGAUUCAUAAAAACUUGUGUGUCACCAGCAUUCUGUUCGGAUUAAUUUAAACUGUUUUAAACUUUAACUGUUUUGUUGACAAUAAGAACACGAUGAUCGUAUGUAUGACGUCGUGGUUGUCGACGUGAUUCUCUAUCGGCCAGUAGAGAAGAUGAAGAUGAUGAAGAUAACGGGUUUGAUUUAAUGAGACUACCAGCACACACCCACAUACACACACACACACGUACACACACGCACACACACACACAUCACCCCACUGAGCCAUAAUUACUUUUCACUGAAAUUGUUUUCAACUUUGAAACUUUUUAAAUGUAAAAUCAUUUGAGGAAAAAAAUGAAAUGCGAAUUUUUCUUCUUAAACUUGUGUGUGUGUGUGUGCGCGUGCACAGUAUAAAGCACUGUACCUGCAUUAACUCAAACUGUAUAAAGAUAUGAUUCAUUUAUGUGAAAACUGGAGGUGAGCGGCGUCAGUGAGACUGGACGAGGCCACCAAAGUCCAAAAUUUCCCAGAAUUCUACUUCCUAUGAAAGCUGCAUUUACACAUAUACUCACACAAACUGUGUAUUUACAGAAGAGGAUUAGGAGAUUAAAGUGAGAAUUCUGAGAUUUUUUUUAAUUCAGAAUUCCAAGACAUUAAUGUAGGAAAAGUCAGAAUUCUAGUAGAGAAAUCAGUAUUAUGUGAUUAAAUUCUCAGACUACACUCAAAAUUCCAAGAUUAAAGUCAUAAUUCAAAGAAGAAAAAUCUAAAUUCAGAGAUUGAAGUAAAAAUUCCAAGAUUAAUGUGGGAAUUCUGAAAUUAAAGUUGAAAUUAAGACAGAGGGGUAGUCAGAAUUCUUAUAUUAAAGUUGGAGAUGGAAUUUUGUUAUUAAAGUUGGAUUUCUGAGAUAAAAUAGGAAUUCGGAGGGUUGGAAUUCUGAGAUUGAAGUCGGAAUUCUGAGAUUAAAAUCACAAACGGCAGAAAUGCAUGUGUUUUGUAAAUGCAGCUGAAUUUGACACAAAAUAACAAAAGAAAGAAAUGACAGAGUGGUGCAUUCUUAUUAUUGUUGUUGUCAAGGAAGAGUGGGCGUGGUCCAGACUUGCGGUUCAGGAAACGUCAGUAUUUUUACAGUAACAGUAAUCUGUCAUUUAAUUGCCUGACAACAGAUCAGUGGAUGUCUUUUUAUCAGUGUUUUUAAUCUCAGAUCAAAGAAAAAAUAUGUUUUUGUGGCACUGACUGACCAUUGUGAGCUCUCUCUCUCUCUCUCUGUCUGUCCCCCUCUCCCUCUCUCUCUCUCCCUCUCACUCUCUUUCCCUCUCUCUCUGUCUGUCCCCCUCUCCCUCUCUCUUUGUGUAUAGUCUAACAUUGGUUAUAAUCUGAAGAAAUAACAAAGAUGAAAGUGAAUGAAUUCAUAAUAAUGAAGAUAAUCUUAUACAAGGUAUACAAAAGAAAAAACCUUCAAAAAAAAAGCCAGUGAAUUUAGUUGUUGUGUGUGGCAUGGUUAUGCAUUUAAUGGUCAUUAUUUGACAAUUAAAACAAAAAGAAAACAGAAAAAUAUUUAUGAUUUUUUUUCUCUGCCUCUUGCUAAUGGUGUUGCUAAGAUAGCUUGCUCGCUCAGUUGUUUACCACCACAGCAGUUUAUUAUCGUAGCAGUUAAAAAACAAACAAAAUCAAGACGUUAAAAACAAACAAAAAAUUUCCUCUUUCAAGUGCAUGAAUCUCUGACUGCGAAUCAUUUGUUCAUCAUUGUUUAUGCUAAUAAAGCCCAUUUGCAGAUGUGGUGUAAUGAA